AUGAAACCCUUAGAUCUGCUUGGAACACACAAAAAAGGCUUGGAACAUACCUUAUUUUCCCUCAUGAAGAAAGUGUGA